GCCAAUAUUACUCUAAAGAGUUAAUAUUAGUUACCCUUUCGAGCAUGACUGCCCCAUUACGUCUGUGCUAAAACCUUAAUAGAGGUCAGUGGUGGUACUGACACACCUGUGCACUAUACACACACAGUGUGCAUGUAACCACAUAGACAGAUGCAACUAGAAGUAGCACAAACAUUUCAAGACAAAAUGAAGAGCUUGGACGAGGCUCCUGGGAGUGAAACCAUCAGACACGGCAACAAAUGGGAAAGAGAAAAUCAAUCAGAGACAUCUCAUAAUAAGAGUCUGCUCCGUGCUGAUCCCGUGAAACCAUGCCGACGGACCCACGCAAUUGUCAAAGAGUGGCUGUUGAAGCUGAGGUGUUGUUUGGGAGCAGUGUGUGGGGUGGAGUGGUAUGGUUACGCUGCUCUAGGCAUUUUGACUGCCCUCCUCAGCUUCCUGAUGGACCUUAGUGUAACAAAGCUGUUGAGAGCUCACCAGUGGCUUUACAUGAAACUGGAGGGCAACAGUCUCCUGCAGUUCUUCUGCUGGACUCUUUACCCAGCAUGCCUCUGUGCAGUCUCUUCAUCGUUCUCCCACAACAUCUGUCCCUUCUCCACAGGCUCCGGGGUACCUGAGGUGAGAACCAUGCUAGCUGGUUUUGAAAUGCCUCAUUACUUGUCUCUCACUAAUAUGUUUACCAAGUACCUGGGGCUUAUCUGUACACUGGCAGCUGGUAGCACAGUUUACCUUGGCAAAGUGGGUCCAUUUGUGCAUCUUUCCACCAUGACUGGAGCCUACCUGAGCAACCUCUGCACUCUUAUACAAGACAGUAAGAAGGAUAAAGCUGCUGAAGAGAUGCUGGUUGUAGCUGCUGCAGUCGGAGUAGCCAGUUGUUUCGGAGCUCCCAUCAGCGGUGUUUUGUUCGCUAUGGAGGUGAUGUGUUCUCACUUUGCCCUGAGGAAUUAUUGCCCAUGUUUCUUCUCAGCUGUGUGCGGGGCGAUGACCUUCCAUCUGUUCUCAGUGUGGAGCGGAGAUUUAGAGACUCUUCAGGCCUUGUUCAAAACUAAUUUCCCCACUACUUUACCUUUCUACCCCCUGGAGAUUCUGCUGUUUGCUUUCCUUGGACUGCUGUGUGGCACUGUGAGCUGCUGUUAUCUCUUCUGCCAUCGGUGGAUCUUGAAAUUGUCCAAAACAAACCCAAUCUUUGUCAAGAUGCUGACAACAGAGAAGUGUCUAUACUCAGGCGUGGUGGCUUUCCUCCUGGCCUCUCUGACGUUUCCCAACUCUGCUGGUCAAUAUAUGGCUUCUAAGUACACCAUGAAACAGCUCCUCACAUCCUUACUGGAUAGCACACAGUGGGGCUCACAAUCUCACAAUGCUUCUGCUCAGCCUUUGUUGGAGUGGAGCUCAUCGGGGAGUCCUGUCUACCUUUCUUUGGCUGUCUUUCUCCUCAUGAAGAUGCUGAGGACAGAUUUGACAGUCUGUUUGUCUACUGUUGGUUUGGAGAUGUGGAUGCUGGUCGUCGCCUGCACUCUGCCUCUGCCAGCUGGAUACUUCAUGCCAGUGUUUGUCUAUGGGGCAGCUCUGGGCCGUUUGUUUGGAGAAGGAGUAGGUUAUGUGUCUUACACUGGACUGACUUCGGGCCAGCAGUGGGCCUCUAUAAAUCCUGGGGGCUACGCACUUGCUGGUGCAGCAGCCUUCUCCGGUGCUGUGACACACUCUUUGUCCCCAGCUCUCCUGGCUAUAGAGUUAACGGGUCAGGUCAGCCAUGUCCUACCAAUCCUCCUCGCUACUCUGCUGGCCAAUGCCGUGGCUCGCUCUGGUCACCGUCCGUCUUUCUAUGAUGCACUCUCUAUAAGCAAGAAGCUCCCACACCUACCCUCUCUGAUGAAGGUGUGGCCUCAGCUUCCCUCCACACCAAUUGGACAGGUUUUGGGAGUGAAACCAGUGCAGCUUCAGAAAGCAGCUGGGCCAGCGGAGGUUCAGCACGUUGUCAACACCAGCACUGAAACACAAAUCCCUGUGGUGGACUCACAUGAGUCGCAGAUUUUACUGGGAUUUGUUCUCCGAUCAGACCUGCUGAUGUACCUGUGGCGCAGUAAGACUGAGAUUGUGGAUAAAAAUCUGGAUGAGGUCUGCUGCAUUUACCCGACCUCUCUCCUGUUAUCACCUCACAACACCGUUCAGGAGGUCAGCAGGAUUCUCAGUCUGGUUGGAGCCCAGACAUUGUUUGUGACAGACAUGGGAAGGCUGAUUGGGGUCAUCACAUGGCCAGAGAUGAAGAGAAUGAUCGAGGACUUGGCCAAAGAAAUCUAAGCAGUAACACACAGGAAAUAAGCACAUCCCUUGACCUUUUGAACAAACGUGAAUCCAUCUUUGUCUGAUUAACAGUAACACAAGCCUGACUCUAAUAAUGACAUCACUUCUUCAUUUCCCAAGCAUAACUGUAUUUGCACACAAACAAAACUGCCAUUAGCUGGAGGCUCCUAUGAUGAACAUUUGUCAGGGCUUAUUGUCUUGCCUCCUAUUGUAAUUAGCAUGAUCUUGUCUACUGAGGAGAUUACAUUCACUGAUCUACAUUUUGUGACAAAGCACUAUUGUGUCUGCCCAGAGUAAUAUCCAGUGGGGAGGAAAAGAAAGCCUGUAAAAUACUUUGUACCCCAAUUAACAGAACGUUACCCUGCUGAUGUGUUGCUCUCACUAAACCACACUUCUCUGUGAAUACCAAAGCAUACCGUGAAUUUCACAUUGACCUUUUCUUACCUGAUUUAUUUAUCUUUAUUGCAUUAGACUAAGAAAAUCACGACCAAAAUGUCCCUCAGUGUCAGUAUGUUGUGGAGGGAGCUAGCAUCUUCACUAUUUCACUUUACAGUUUUUCUUUUCUAGUUGUAUUUAAAGGCAUGGCACCAAACCUCUGAAAUAGAUUCCCAGGUUAAAGCUGCUAUGUGUUGCAAAGUUUCUGGUUUUGACACCCCCCCAGUGGUAGCUUCACAAAGGAUACUCUGGCACACAGCAAUGCGUGCCUCGACGUCCUCUUGAGAAAAGCACACAGACUCCGCCCAAUACUGACCUGGAUCUUCUCAUUUUCGCACAAACCAUCAGAAUCAUAUGCAUUAAAAUUCUACUCAUAGUGGCUUUCAGGUAAAAUGUUGAGUGAUUUUUCAUAUUUACAUCAGGAAUACAUCAAGAGUUGCCUUGGUAACGAGUUUCCAGCUCAGUUUAAUCAAAUCUUGAUUGCCGUCCAAAUUAUUCUCAGUACUUUUCUGGUGUGAUUGUUAAAACUCAAAGAAAAUGUGAAGCAUAAAACAAAAAUUACAAACUAAAAAUUAAAUGUUUUAAGAAAGAAAAACUUGUGCUGUUAGAUGAAACUGCCAACUUAAAACAUAUAAAAGGC